AUGUCCAACUUCAUAAUUGCAGCGAAGGAGCAGCCCAGGACGAUUUUCUUGGAUACACUCGUAUUCCCUGCAUACGGAGCAGCAGUAUCUGUACUCGUUAUCCUGGUUCAGGUGAUUUUACGAACAUCCCCCGCACGGAGGUUGUAUGCGUCCAUUCCUGCCUCGGAUACCACCGCAACACAAAUUGAGAACGUAGAGAAUCUAUCGGAGCAGUCCUCAUAUGCGAUCACACGACAUAUCCGCCAACUGGGAGGCCCUCUCAUCUUCGCCUACAGACUGGCACGAUUUCUCGCAUGUCUAACUCUCCUUAGCAUGACAAUUUUCACUGUAGUGGAUCGAGCCCAACAUACGAGGCAUGUAAAACAUAUUGCGCCUGCCGUGUGGAUUCAGGUCGCGCUCUGCGGGACAUAUGGUUACGCGUCUUUCUUGGCGCUCCUAUCGGUAGCAACUAACGCGCAGCUUAGCAAACUCGCAACACGUCAUCUUGCCCUCGUCCUAUUAUUGGUCUGGGGAGUCUACGUCUAUCGGGACAUAUGGCCUCUUGCCACCUACUCGUUGACUCCAGUCGACGCUGCAGAGGGUGGACUUCUCUGGGCUAAAUUUUCGGUGCUCUCAUUCGCGGCCGUGUUCGUUCCCCUACUCGUCCCUCGUCAGUAUAUCCCUGUUGACCUCACAAGCCCAUGGAAGCCCACACCGGAGCAAACGGCUUGCCUACUGUCAAUGAUGAUAUAUGCUUGGUUGGACAGGACUGUCUGGGAGGCUUACAAAGUCCCCCAUCUACCGAUUGAGAAAUUGCCUGCACUGGCUGACUAUGAUAGUGCGACGUAUCUGGUCAGACGCAGCUUCGAGCAUUUGGAUCCGUUCCAAGUGAAAAAGAAGAGACAUCUCUUCUGGAGUUUGAUGAGUGUUUUUCGCACGGAAUACUGUGUGCUGGCCCUCAUGCUCACAAUUCAGUCUUUCACUCAAUUCGCCAGUCCUAUUGGAAUCAAUCAGUUGCUUCGCUACUUGGAACACAAUGGCGAGGGAGCUUUCGUUCGCCCAUGGGUAUGGAUUUCUUGGCUGUUCUUCGGGCCUGUACUUGGGUCAGUCGCCGUGCAAUGGUACAUCUUCAACACGACUCGAAUGCUCACACAAGCGACAGGCAUAAUGACGCAGCUCAUCUUUGAACACUCACUUCGUAUUCGCGUGAAAGCCGAGGUGUCAGAAACUCCCGCAAGCAGCGCCGUCAACACAGCCGUCGGGACGCCUGAUAACGCAUCAAUCGUCGAGGAGCAGGAACACGAGAGCCCAACCGGGAGUAGCGGCGAGGACGAGACGAUGUUCGCGAGUACGGCAAGUGUCGAUACAAGCUCGACGCAGGGAAAGCAAAAGGCGAAGGCGGCGUCAGUGAGUGGGGAUAGCAAGAAGAAUGAGGAGAAGCCUGCCAAUGCAGAUGGCACGAAAGGUGGAAACUUAGUCGGGAAGAUCAAUAACCUCGUGACUACGGACUUGGACAACAUCAUCCAUGGAAGGGAUUUCUUGUUCAUCGUCGUGGAGAUUCCCAUACAGUUGUGUCUUUGCGUCUGGUUCUUGUACUCGAUUCUUGGAUGGAGCGCUUUCACCGGCAUGGCAGUCAUGGUCCUCAUGUUUCCUCUCCCGGGAUAUGUAGCCAAGAUUAUUCAGAGUAUUCAGCAGGAGAAAAUGAAAAAGACCGAUGCGCGAGUUCAAGACGUUACCGAAACGAUGAAUGUUAUCCGCAUGGUCAAGCUGUUUGGCUGGGAGCCCCGCGUCGUGGAAAAGAUCUUGGAUAAGCGCGAGGAAGAGUUAUCUUAUCAGUGGAAAUACAGGCUAUAUGGAAUGAUCAACGCCAUCCUGAACCACGUUAUUCCGUUCAUCACUAUGAUCGUGACGUUCAUGACAUACACCGUCUUCAUGAAGAGGCAGCUUACUGCUUCCGCUGUGUUCUCAUCAAUGGCCGUCUUUGACAUGUUGCGUCAAUCGAUGCAUAUGAUCUUCGGUUUGCUUCCUGAGAUCAUCAGAGGCAAGGUUUCCCUGGACCGCGUCAAUGACUUCUUGCAUAAUACGGAGCUUUUGGAUAAAUUUUACCAGGGGUCUAGCGAGUCUGAAAUAAUCCUUUCGCAGAACAAUGCCCCGAACGAUGUCAUAGGCAUUCGCCACUCUUCAUUCAGGUGGUCGAAUGACGAGGAUGGGAUGUCCACUCCUGGGACAGCACCGCGUAAUUUCAUAUUGCGCAUCGAAGAUGAGGUGACGUUUAGGCGGGGGCACAUCAACCUGAUUGUUGGUCCAACUGGGUCCGGGAAGACGUCGCUACUGAUGGCAUUGCUCGGUGAAAUGCAUCACAUCCCAUCGGGACCGGACUCCUACUUCAACCUUCCUCGUGAAGGCGGUGUUGCCUAUGCCGCUCAGGAGUCGUGGGUGCAAAACGAGACUAUUAGAGACAAUAUCCUCUUCGGCGCUCCAUAUGAGGAAGAACGUUACCAUAAAGUUAUUGAACAGUGCGGAUUGAAGCGUGAUUUGACCCUCUUCGAUGCGGGUGACCAGACUGAGGUCGGUGAGAAGGGGCUGACUCUCAGCGGCGGCCAGAAGGCCCGGAUCACUCUUGCACGUGCUGUUUACUCCUCUGCAGAGAUACUUCUCCUGGAUGAUGUUCUUGCCGCUCUUGAUGUACACACUGCUCGAUGGGUCAUCGACAAAUGCUUUAAAGGCGACCUUGUCCGUGGACGCACCGUUCUCUUGGUCACACAUAAUGUGGCGAUGGUGACUCCUAUUGCGGAGUUCGUGGUGUCACUUGGGACGGACGGAUGUAUUUUAAGCCAUGGAACCUUGUCAAAAGCUUUGGAAAAGGACAAGGAGCUGUCCGCUGAAGUUGAGGAAGAGAACAAGGAAAUUGAAAAGAAAGAGCAGGAAAUCGAUCAAGUCGAAGAGGAAGCCGGGUCGAAGAAGUCCGAUGGGAAACUCAUUGUCGCGGAAGAAGUCUCCGUGGGGCAUGUCAGCUGGGCUGCUUUGAAGAUGUUCUUGUUCAGUCUGGGGGGUUCUCACCAAUUUUUCUUCUGGUUUCUCUGUUUGGCGACAUUACUAGCUUCUGAGCUCACGGAGACAAUCCAGACCUGGUUCCUCGGCUUCUGGGCGCGACAAUAUGAAGAGCAGGAUCCAUCACAAGUGAAAGUCUCUUUCUAUUUGUCUGUCUAUGCCUUGCUUCUGCUAGGAUCCUCUGCGCUGUAUUGCAUCGGUUACAUAUUUUACAUAUACGGUGCAUUGAGAGCAUCGCGAUUCAUUCACUCAACACUGAUAUCAUCCGUGCUUGGGACGACUUUGAGAUGGCUGGACAUGACUCCCACCUCUCGUAUCAUUACUCGUUGCACUCAAGAUAUAGCAGCAGUCGAUGGACCAAUCACGGACUACUUCAGGGCAGUCCUGGAGCUGUCCAUUUCAAUGUUGACUAAGCUCGCGGCAGUGGUUGUAAUGUCCCCCAUCUUCUUGAUUCCUGGCGUUUUAGUUGCAGUGGUAGGCGGGUGGUGCGGUCAGGUCUACAUGAAAGCGCAGCUGUCCGUCAAGCGUGAGAUGAGUAAUGCACGGGCUCCCGUCCUUGGCCAUUUCGGCGCAGCUAUUGCAGGCUUAACAUCAAUCCGCGCAUAUGAUGCGCAGGAGAUGUUCAGAAAGGAAUCAUAUUCUCGCAUUAAUCGAUGGAUUUGCAUUCGCAUUGACACUCUCGGCGCGCUUUUCUCCGCUGGUCUCGCUACGUAUCUCGUCUAUGGAGGGAUUUUCACUGCCUCAAACACUGGUUUCUCUUUAAACAUGGCAGUUGGGUUCAGUGGCAUGAUUUUGUGGUGGGUCAGGGUCCUCAACGAAUUUGAGGUUUCCGGCAAUAGUCUGGAGCGUAUCGAACAGUACGCGUCGAUCGAACAGGAACCUGAGCCUUCUGAGCAAGGUGUUCCUCCUGCAUACUGGCCAUCUAGUGGAAACCUCAGGGUAGAGAACUUAUCGGCGCGCUAUUCUCUGGAUGGUCCCCGAGUCUUACAUGACAUAUCCUUCGAGAUAAAGUCGGGAGAGCGUGUUGGAAUUGUGGGGCGCACUGGAAGCGGAAAGAGCUCUUUGACAUUAUCACUCUUACGCUGCAUCAUCACGGAAGGCAAAGUGUAUUACGAUGGCCUGGCGACUGACACGAUCAAUCUCGACGCUCUUCGCUCCAGCAUUACCAUCAUCCCGCAAGUGCCUGAAUUGCUCAGUGGCACUUUGCGCCAAAAUUUAGAUCCAUUUGAUCAGCAUGACGAUGCCGUAUUGAACGAUGCCUUACAGGCUGCUGGAUUAUUCUCAUUACAAAGUGACACCGAAGAGGGCAGAAUUACCCUUGAUAGCCAGAUAUCCAGUGGGGGAGGUAACCUAUCUGUUGGUCAACGGCAGAUUCUCGCUCUUGCGAGAGCUAUUGUUCGACAAAGCAAACUUCUGAUUCUAGACGAAGCUACUUCUGCUAUCGACUAUGCCACCGACACCAUCAUCCAGUCGUCGCUGAGAAGAGAGCUAGACCAGGGUGUUACACUGCUCACUAUUGCGCACCGGCUACAGACCAUCAUGGAUGCUGAUAAAAUCAUGGUGCUUGAUGCCGGACGAGUUGUGGAGUUUGGCAAGCCGAGUGAGCUGCUCAAGAACGAAAAGGGUAUGCUCCGGGCUCUCGUAGAUGAGAGUGGUGACAAGGAAGCUCUGUACGCGAUGGCUGAAGGUGGCAGUACAUCAGCAUAG